AGUAACUAACAUUGGUACGCGUAUGCUAACUGGGCCGCUGUUGGUUACAAGGUGUUGAGCUCCUUCUGGGUGUCAAACAGUAAAGACGUGGAUUAUUGACCUACAUCAUCGAUCAAAACACUGGGAGCAGGUUAGUCUGUCAUCAGUGAGACACGCUGCUUCAUCUCAGCAUGUAACCUCCACUCAGAGAUCCAGUCCAUGAAGGGAUGUUCCUCUCACUGUGGCCACUUGGAAAGAUGUGGAAAUGACACAUCCAGCUUUUCAGCAAGUUCAACUUAACUCCUAUUAUCUGGAACUUUGAGAGCACGAUGGUGACCUCAUCCUCACGGUGACCUCAUCGGGCUGAAUCCCAAACACACUCAAACCCAAGUCCAGGACCCGAGUGGACCAGAGUCUGCAGCAGGUCAUGGUGCAGGAUGUCACGGACAGGGCGCUGCUCGCCGCCAGACAGGGGGAUGUGCAGGCGCUGAAAGCGCAGUUAGCGGAAAAUGCGCUCAACAACGACAUCAAGGAUGUUCUGGGUGCUACACCUGUCCACCACGCAGCCCGCGCCGGGAAACUGAACUGUCUACGGUUCCUGGUGGAGGAGGCAGGACUGGUGGGCAACUGCCUGGCAAAAAACGGCGCAAGCCCGGCGCAUGACGCAGCAGCCACCGGUAACCUAGCCUGUCUACAGUGGCUGCUAACCCAGGGAGGAUGUAGAGCAGAGGACAGAGACAGCUCUGGUGCCACUGUUCUCCAUCUGGCGUCCCGCUUCAGUCACCACGAGAUCACUGAGUGGCUGCUCAAGAGUGGUGAGGUGGACCCCGGGGCUACCACGGACACUGGGGCCCUACCUAUUCACUAUGCUGCUGCCAAGGGAGACCUGUCGUCUCUGCGCCUGUUACUGGGACACAGCCCGAGCGUGGUCAACUCCCAAACUAAGAAUGGUGCCACUCCACUCUACCUGGCCUGCCAGGAGGGUCAUCUAGAAGUCGUCCAGUACCUGGUCAAGGACUGUGGAGCAGAGCCAGGCAUCAGAGCCAAUGACGGGAUGACGCCGCUGCACGCUGCUGCCCAGAUGGGCCACAACACAGUCAUCGUCUGGCUGAUCAGUUUCACAGAGAUCCGUCUGACUGACAAAGAUGGUGAUGGAGCCACAGCCAUGCACUUCGCUGCCAGUCGUGGUCAUGCAAAAGUGCUGAGCUGGCUGCUGCUGCACGGCGGAGAGAUAGUGAUAGACAACUGGGGAGGGACGCCGCUUCAUGACGCAGCAGAGAAUGGAGAAUUGGAGUGUUGUCAGAUCCUUGUGGUAAACGGUGUUGACCUUGGUAUUAAAGACCAGGAUGGAUUCUCAGCGGCUGACCUGGCAGAAUACAACGGCCACUCUCAGUGUGCCAAGUACCUGCGGACUGUGGAGAACAUGAGUGUUGAGCACCGGGUUCUGUCCCGAGACCCAUCUGCUGACCUGGAGUACAAGCAGCCAGACUCUGGCCUCUCCUCCCCGAACACCACCAUGCCCCCUGUGAGCCAGGUGACACACUUUGACAUCAGUUCACCGACCAGUUCCUUAUCCAACUACGACUCAGCCAACUCCAGUCAGUCCAGCACUGGAGAGAAGAGGAGCAGCUUAAAAACCUCUCAAGGACCACCUGCUAAACUGAACACAGUGGCAAAUACAGGUGCAUCAGAGUCGGCCAUUUCUGACAUGCAGGCGUACAUGGAUAUGCUUAACCCAGACAUCAGCUCCGAUGUGCCCCCAAAAAAUGAUGAUAUGCACCCCAAUCUCCCUCCACCACCAACCUAUCCACCCCCACCUCCACCGUCAUGUCCUCCAGAGCCCCCUCCACCUCCGAUCUUCCCUGCACCACAGCCUCCUCAGGAUCCAUCGUCAUCAACAUCGUCAGCCGAGUUUCUGAAGGUGAAAAGCAACCUGAGGCACGUGGAGAGCAAAACUGACAUAGAGCCUGCGACUGGAGACGGCCACGAGAAGUUGCGUCGUGUGGAUUCAAACAGGAAGUCCAGGAGCUUUAGUAAGCAGCCCAGUACUGGGGACUACUACAAGACCCUGGGCAACGAGACAAACGAGCUACGUGAGAACAAAGCCAUGGCGCCCAACGAGGAGGGCUCUGUGUUACUGGAAGAGCCAACCGAUGGAAGCCCCGCCCACAGCUCAGAGAACGGCACCACAGAAGAAUCAGUCCCGCCACCACCUCCUCCACCACCUCCUCCCCCUCCUCCUCCUCCAAGCAACUCAGCGCCAACACCACCACCUCCUCCUCCUCUACCCCCAGAGACACCGACAAACCAGAACAAUACUGGUUCUGGUUCCAACAGCCAGCGUCGUCAGUCUUCCUCAUCAGGAAGCGCAAAAUCUUUCAACAUGAUGUCCCCCACUGGUGACAACUCGGAGCUGCUGGCAGAGAUCAAAGCAGGAAAGAGCCUCAAACCCACGCCGCACACUAAAGGAUACACCACCGUCUAUUCCACCAGUGGAUCCACGGGCAACAAUGGUACUACAAGUACUACAACACCACCAGGGACCCGCACACCCAGCCCACCUGCCAAACCGUCAUCCACUCCACCCGUAACAUCCCCACCCAGCACUCCAACCCCUAAGUCCAGUCCCACUGCCUCUGGACCUGCCAGAACUACAUCACCCUCAGUGAGCCACGAGCCGCUGCAGACUAACUCUGUAGUCAAUGGUAACAGUGGUGGUAGUGCUGGUGUUGGCGGCAGAAUGCGGGUCGAUUCUGGACGAAAGAUGAGCGUUGCAGAUGUGGAGGCACUGGUGCCCACACAUGAUGAACAGGGGAAAGCCAUACCGGAGUGGAAGAGGCAGGUGAUGGUUCGAAAGCUGCAGGUGAAGAUGCAGGAGGAGGAAGAGCACAGACGCAAGGUUUUGUGUCCUGUUCCUUCACAGGCAGAGGAGGAGGCUGCCCGCCUGGCAUCGAUGCCAGCCUGGAGGAGAGACAUGAUGAAGAAGAAAAUGGAUGAAGAGAGGGAGCAGAAAAGAAAAGCUGAAGAGCAGGCCAAACAGGCCAAGGAGAUAGAGGAGAAGACCGAGCUGGAGCGACUGCGAACCCUCGGCUAUGAUGAAACCAAGCUGGCACCCUGGCAACGGCAAAUCAUCUUGAAAAAAGGAGAAAUGGCCAAAGAUUGAACUGGUCCACCUCCUCUUUUCUGCCCAGGACUUACCCACACUGCCCUCUUCAGCCCAGGGAUGUCACUGAAUGCCUCCCCUUUUCUUUAAGCCUCUGCUCUGUGCUGUGAACUUGACAGAAAAACAGCUUGUCUCCUUUGAAUCCUCUAAAAUCGGGGGACUGAGCCAGGGUGCUGGUGUCCAUGUGGGCUUCGAAGCUUAGCUUUGCUAACAUAAAGCAGUCUAACUCUACACAUUUAAUCUGUGGACUCUAACUCUUGGCAGUGAUUCACUACUAAUGCAUCUGUCCUCACAUAAUUUAAGUUUUAGAAUAAUUAAAUAAUCUCUCUGCUAAUCAUUAGAAGCUAUUUUGUAUUCAAGAGAGAAUGAUUUAUAUGCUUGUGAGCAUUAUGUAAGAGGGAUGACCUAUUAAUCUAGAAAAAAAUUCUUGCUAUUUAAAAAUGACAUGGAAACAGUCGGCUAAGCCGCUAAGGCAUUAGACAACAUCACAUCAGCGUCGCAUUAGAAUCAUAUCCACGACAUUUUGUAUCAACCUCACAUAGACGCAUUUUCUGAGCAGCCAUGUUUCAAAUAAUAACAUUAACCAAACUGGUACUUAUUAAUAGCUUGCUGUCUCUGUGGCCUAUAAGUGGUUUGUUUUAAUAUAAAUGAUGUAAAACACACCAUAUACAGUAGUGGUGCAAGUUUUGCUAUAUCAUUUUUCAGCACAAACAAAUACAUCUUCAUUAUGCUGUUUGUGGCCUAAAUGUUAGGUUGUUGGGUUCAUACAUUUAAAAUGUUUUAUAAAUGUUUCAUAAUAUGUAACAUGCAUUUCAACAACAGGUUCCCAAAAAACUCCAAAUAUCAUUACAAGUGUGGUGCAACAUGAAGUGUUUCCCACAGUACUUUUUUAACACCUGGUUUAUGUUGAAACCACCAUUUCCAAUCAUUUGUUUUUUUUUUGUCUUUUUUUUAACUUAUUCACUUAUUUUUAACUUACCCAGAAGGGUGUGGCUUAUGGAACUGGUACAUGUUGCAUAACUUGUCAUGUUAAUUUGCCCCAGGUACCAGGUGAAAAGCUCAGUCUACACAGGCUCCUCUGUGGUUCUGGGUCAUGGAUAAGAAGGACAUCAGUUCAGUGUGCUCUCCUGCGCUGGCCUUUGUCCCACUAACCCAGAGGUUGAAUUUUUAAUGAGCAGAUCUGUUUACAGAGACUCUGUGUCUGACUGAACUAGCUGUCAUAUCAGAAUUGUUUCCUUCAUUUACAAUGUAGUUGCAGUAAUUUGCAGUCUCACAGCCAGCUUGUCUAUGUGAACGGCAUUUGGUUUCACUCGGGCUAUGAAGGCAUUCACUUUCAAUAUGAUACACAAUCGUUACACAAUACACUGCACAUUACCUCUGUAUAUUCUGGAUAAUAUUCCUCCAUAACUGUAGUGACACAAAUGCCAAGUUAAUUAAUAGACAACUAUCUUUAUCCAUAAUGUCAGUGGUAAAGCUUCAGCUUCUGCAA